CGCGAGCCGGGUAGAGGCCGCGAGCCAGCGCUGAGGAGCCGCCCGGCAGCGAUGGCGCAGAAGAGGCGCAGCAAGGGGCCCGGCCCCUCCCAGGGGGAGUUGCUGGCCGCCGAGGAGGACUUGGCGCCGACGCAGAGCGCCAGCCAGGCGCAGCGGAGCCUGGAGAGACUCUCGCCGGCCCAGGUGGAUCAGAAGGUGAGCGAACUGGUGCAGUACCUGCUGGUCAAGGAUCAGAAGAAAAUCCCCAUCAAACGGGCAGAUAUCCUGAAAAAUGUCAUCAAAGACUACAGAGGCAUCUAUUCUGAGAUCAUUAAGCGAGCCGGCAGGACCCUCCAGCAGGUUUUUGGGCUGCAGCUGGUGGAGAUAGACCCCAGGAAUCACGUCUACAUCCUGGUCAGCAAUCUGCCACGCCUGGCAGUGGAGAACCUGAAACAGGAUGAUUGCACAGCAAAGCUGGGCCUCCUCACUGUCAUCCUCAGCUUCCUCUUUAUGAAGGGCAAUGCUGCAAAAGAAUCUGCUGUGUGGGAGAUGUUGAGGAGACUGCGAGUUGACCCUGGAGUGAGACACGAGGUCUUUGGGGAUGUCAAGAAGUUGGUGACUGAGGAGUUUGUCCGCCAAAAGUACUUGGAAUACAACCGUGUACCCCACACAGAUCCACCCGAGUUUGAGCUCCAGUGGGGGGCACGGGCUGUCAAGGAGACCUCGAAGAUGCAGAUCCUGCGCUUCGUCGCCAAGAAAUGGACUGCAAUCCUGCUGGCCGCCAGCAGGGGCCGCUGGACCCAGCUGAGCCCUGCUUGCACACAGAAGACGCUGCAGCGGUGAGGAGAACCAGGGGAGAGAGUCAAGAGUUCCUGGCAAUUGCAGUUCCUCGCAUGCCCCGAGGGAAGGAGAAGGCAGCAUGCAGGAAACACCACACAAGCCUGGGACCCAGCAACAGGCUGUUUCGCCCUCUGGAUCCCUGGCCAGUAGGGGGCUGGUGUCUGCUCUGGGAGGGCCACUGCUGGGCUCUGGGUGGUAGGGGGAUGGGUGCCUGGGCUGGGGGCCACGGCUGGGCUCUGCAGAAGAGAGGAGUUGCUGUCCGGCCUAGGGGGGCACAGCUGGUCUUGGGAGGGGCCUGGGGUUGGGUCACAGCUGGGCUUGAUUGGGGGAGGGGAGCUGGUGUCUGGGCACAGGGCUGGGAUCGGCGGGGGGGGGGGCGGGGCAGAGAAACGAACUGGGUUGCCAAAGGGGUUUCUUUAACUCUCUGCUCCCGGGGGAAAUUUUGUGUGUGUUGGUAUUGUUACAGUCAUACUUGCUGACAAGUAUUGUGAAAUAAAUUAUCAAAAUAACUGAAA